UCCAGCUCGGGCUUUGCGCUGCGCCAGCAGCACUCGCAGCAGCAGCAGCCGGCACAUGCGCAGGGCGGCAGCUCGGGAGGAAGCAGUGUGGGCGAUGAGAAGGCUGCUGAGUCGCGGAGCUUGAGGGCUUGGGUGAGUCAUGCGCAGAGAUGACUGAAAGAGAGAACAGGGCUGUCACAAGCCGGCGCGGAUAGAUAUGCUGUAUGCUGCUGCAGAGCAAGCAUGCUGCUGCUCUGGAUCACUGUGGCCCGGAUCGUCGUAUUGGCGAGGCAGUGCAACAUGGACUUUGCUGCCACAGCGGCGCAUAUAGCGGCUGCGGCUGCGAGGCUACAGGACCGCACAGCGCGUGUGGAGCAUCGUUCUGGAUUGAUCGACUGCGUUGCUUAUGGACGCGCGGGCACUGACUCCAGAUGCCUGGCGCAGUGGUCUGCAUUCACCAAGUCAGGCGGCAAGCCAGGCGCGAGCUCGAGCAAAGCAGGGUCCAAAGACACAGAGACGCGCGUGUUUGGCGUGCCGCUGCGCAAGAGCCUCAAGUAUGCGUUCGUGGCGAUCAGCAUGGCGGGAGAGGAUGGGCAGCAGUAUGUGUGGGGCUACGUGCCCGUCAUCGUCGCCAAGGUCGGGCUGUACUUGAAGGAGCAUGCGACGGAGGUGGAGGGCGUGUUCCGGAUUGCGGGCUCGCAGAAGCGGAUGCGCGAGCUGCAGGAGAUCUUUGACUCUGCGCCGAAGUACGGCAAGAAUGUCGAGUGGGCCAAGUACAGCGUGCACGAUGCCGCCUCGGUGCUGCGGCGCUACCUCAACGCCAUGCCCGAGCCCAUCGUGCCGCUCGACCUCUACCACGAGUUCCGUGCGCCGAUGCUGCGCGCGCAGGAUGGCCACGUGGAUGUAGCAGCGGCGAUCCGCACGUAUCGCCUGCUCAUUGCCAGCUCGCCGCCGGCAAAUCAGUACCUGCUGCUGUACGUGCUGGACUUGCUGGCUGUGUUCGCGCGCAAGAGCGAGACCAACUUGAUGCCUGCGAGCAACCUCGCUGUCAUCUUCCAGCCCGGCAUGUUCUCGCACCCGUCGCAUCUGCAGUCGCCAAACGAGCACAAGAUCGCCGUGCAGGUGCUCGAGUUCCUUAUCGAGCACCAAGAACACUUUGUGCUUGGCCUCUCCCCGCCGCCGCCGGCAAACGUCACGCCAGCGGACCUGACCGAGGUGUCGCGUGCGCCCAAGACGAACCCCGACGGCACCGAGAUUGCGCGCGAAGUGCCUUCGGACUCAGACGAGGAUCUUGGCGAGCUGGAGGUGCACGAGGGCGGUGGUGCGCGUCUUGCCCGCAGCUCGACAUGGGCGCGCGCCUCUGCCUCUCCAUCGCCAGGCCGCAAGCGCGGACUCUUCAGCGGCCGUCGUAGCGCCGCUACGCCCUCGCCGCGGCCCGAGACGGAGACGGAGGACAUCAGUGGACAGUCCAAUGCGCCCGUCGCGGCUGUAGCAGCUGCUGCAGCCGCAGCAAAGGCUGGCGGCUCGGGCGUGCGACGCAGCAAGACGACGCCGACCCGUCGGAGCGCGCGGCGUGGCAGUGCUGCGGCGGAGGGCAAAGAUGCCAAGCAGAGCACGCCAGACACGACGCCGGCGGCCAGUUCGGACCCGGCUGCGGCCGCUCAGCCGAGUGAUGCUGGCAAGGAGGAACGGCGGCGCAGCUCGGACGUCAAGGCGGGGCAGCAUGCCAAUCCCGUGCUCGUGCCCUCGACGCAGACUGCACCUUCGGCGCUGGCGGUGCAGCCGCAAGCACCGAGCGAGGCAGAGACUGGCCUGCCAACGCCGCCGCAGUCCAAGCUCCUGCCCGAUAAGCCGCAGCAAUAAGAGCAGCGCCCUACUCGCCAGCAUCUCGCCGCGCCUCAAGCUCAGGCGCAGCACACGACCGUGAUACCCUACUACGUCCGCCUCUCUGCCUCCACGCGGUAUCAAGGGACUACUCGUCUGUCCCGUUUACCGUCCGGCCUGUCUCUCGCCUCUGUUCUCUCUUCUAGACUACCAUACUCGACGGCCGUACGGCCAGGGGCUACUGCCGCACACCACUUCACGCGCGCUACCCCACACAUCCACACUCCUUCCCGCACCUGACCCAUCAUCGCUCCUGCCGUUCUCGCGAUACCCUGCGCAAUCAGAAUGCGUUGGUCGAUCAUAAGAUGGAGGCGCGGUGGUAUGGACGACAGCGAGAGGGGAAGCAGUGGCCUGGGAGACAUUGCGCACGUGCGCUCAGACGGAGAGCGUGGCCGGCGCUUCUGCAGAGGGCUGCGCCUCGGCGGCGGGAAC